UCCCGUAGUCCCUCACAACCAUCGCCUCCUGUUUACUGUUUACCCCGGCUCGUACCGGCGAUGUUUACCGGUGAUUAGCGAGCGGAGGACCCGCGUUGGUUGGCCGGUGCUCGCGUGGGUCUGCUUAGCAUGAAAUUAAAGCAGCGACGACUCCGUAAUAGGGCGGCCGGAUCUAUGCAGAUUGAUGGAACACGACAAGACGGCAGGCUAAUGUACCCGCGGCAAGCCGCCGCCAAAAUCUUAUAGCCUUUACGGGGUCAGGGAGGUGUCAGUCUUAAUGUUGAAGUCAAGUAAAUCUAAUUGCAAUUGGUACAGGCCGCUGUACGGGCAGGCGGGUCCGGCGGAGCGCGGCGACACCAUGGAGCUACUGGACACCAGUGUGCUGGCGCUGCGCAAGGAGAAGUCGAGGGAUGCCGCGAGGAACCGCCGGGGAAAGGAGAACUACGAGUUUUACGAGCUGGCCAAGAUGCUGCCGUUGCCGGCGGCGAUAACGAGCCAGCUGGACAAGGCCUCCAUCAUCCGACUCACCAUCAGUUACCUGAAGAUGAGGGACUUCUCAGGGCAGGGCGACCCCCCCUGGAACACCAUAAUGGACUGUCCCCCACCCAACAAAUCUGUCAAAGGUGGGAUCUCCAGAAGAAGUCCUUCAGCAGUCGCCAUUGAGGUGUUCCAGCAACACCUGGGCAGUCACCUCCUUCAGGCUCUGGACGGCUUUGUCUUCGCGCUGACCCGGGACGGCAGAUUCCUGUACAUCUCCGAGACCGUGUCGAUCUAUCUGGGGCUCUCGCAGGUUGAGAUGACCGGCAGCAGCGUGUUUGACUACGUCCAUCCCGGAGACCACGCGGAACUCGCCGAGCAGCUGGGGAUCAAGAUCUCCCUUCAGGGGCACCAGGGGCAGGGGGCGGCUUCCGAGGGGGAGGGCAGGGGUUCCACAACACCUUCCUCCUUUCCCAUCCCGGAACAUAUAGAACCGGGUAAGCCAUGCCUUUGCCAAACCAUCACACCGGACUACAGGUGGGACAAGUCAUGUUUCAUCAGGAUGAAGUCCACCCUGACCAAGAGAGGGGUACACGUCAAGUCUUCUGGCUACAAGGUAAUACACGUCACGGGGCGGUUACGUCCGCGGCUCAGCCUGUCGCACAGCCAGCGUAACCCGAUCACCAUCCUGGGCCUGGUCGCCGUGGCACACGCCCUCCCCCCGCCAACCAUCAACGAGAUCAGGAUGGAACAGAAUAUGUUCGUCAGCAGGGUCACCAUGGACCUCAAAAUCAUCUACUGCGAGCCCAGAAUCACAGACUAUAUGGACCUGGCGCCAUCUGACGUUGUGAGCAAGAGCUGCUAUGACUUCCUUCACGCCGAGGACGUAGAACCAUUCCGAAGGACACACUACGACUUGAUAAACAAGGGUCAGGUGGUGUCCAGUUACUACCGGUGGAUACUGAAGAACGGUGGGUACAUCUGGGUCCAGACGUGCGCCACCGUCACCUUCAACACCAAGAACAACAACGAGAAGAGCGUCAUCUUCAUCAACUACGUCCUCAGUCUGCCGGAGUACAAGGACAUUCCCAUGGACAUCAGCCAGGUCCCCGACCUGCCCCAGGACCCCCCGGACACCUCCGACUCUUCCGACACAUCCGACAGCGAAUCAGACUCCAACCAUGACACAGAACAAGAAGACUCCAGGUCAGACAGCGACAAGGAGAGCGAAAGCGGAAACAGCGAAACGAGCGAGCCCGAGAACAAAAAGAAGAGGCGGUCCGACGCCAACCAGUCCGAUAGCAAACAAGGUGCCAACCAGAGGCCGAACAAGAGACGACGGAGUGUGACGAGCAACAAGAAGGCCGACAAGAACCGGCCGGUGGGCCACCUCUCGGAGAGAGACGCUUCGGAGAACAACAGUGAAACAAAAUCAGAUGCCAAAUUAGACGUAGCGGAUGCAUAUUCCUUUCGCACAGAGGACAGUGAAGAGAACGGUGCUACAGACCCGGCGGACGUGCUGAGCGUGUCCUCGGUGCACACGGUCGACACAGACGAGGAUUUGCAGGCGGACAAGGCUUCCCUUUCUUCUUCCACGGACAAGAAACACAGGAAGGCUGCAAAGAAGGCGAGGAGGAGAUCCCGUCCGUCGGUGGACUCGGAGACAGAGCACUCGGUCCAGUGGGUCUCCUCCGCCUCCAGUGCAAAUGACUCGAUAACUAACAAAGGUGCUGAGAAAAGUAGACAAACGCUGCUGGAGAGAGCCCCUCCGGCGUUCCUAUCCUCCCCCGAGAACGACUCGGGCCUGAGAAUCAAGUCGGAGCCCAGGGAGGGGAGCUUAGAUAGCGACGGUUGGAACAACCCGCCCAACCGGCAGGCCUCCGAGGCCCAGUCCCCCCCACCUCCCCCUCCAGACAAUCAGGCCAGGCUGCUUCCCAGCGGCAUGCCGCUAGUCUCUUCCAACUCCAGCCAAGUAACCAUUCCAGACUCGGUGCUCACGCCGCCCACCACCGAAGGCACCAGCGCGACCGCGACCCUCUCCCCCGCCCCCCUCUGUCUCACCUCCAGAAGUUCGGGGGCCGGGACGACCACCGAAACCUACACCAUCACCCCCCCGCUCUCCGUCUCUCCCAGGGAAUCCAGGUACCCCAUGGGCGCGAGCGUGUUUUCCAGGGAAGUGUUCGCGCGCCAGCACAUGUACCCCAAGGAAAGUGCAACCGAAGGACUCCAGAGGUUCCUCGGAACCCAUCAAAGACUGCCCGUGACCAGCGCCGUCACGGCGGGGGCGUACCAGAGGAUGUACAGCGCCGAGGCCAUGAAGGCGGGGUUCUCGGACGUGCCCUACGCGAGCCACGCCAACCUGCACCUCCCCACCUCGCAGCCUGUCAACCUGCUCGACAGUGGGGGGGCGCACCUCGGGGAGGGGCACUACGUGCUCGACAACUCCGCCAUGGAGAUGCUCUACAGACAGGUGCGGCACGGCUUCCCUCCGCCCGGCGCCUACGGCAACGCCAUGCAGCCCGCCGACCUGCUGCCGGGCGUCGACCCGCAGACGCACCACGCGGCGGGCGCCGCGGCCGCCAUGGGGAUGUACCAGACGCCGGACGGAUUCAUCGCCACGGCGCCCUUCCACCUCUUCGGCGGGACGCUCCCGACACAACAGCAGCAGCAGAACAAGCAGCAAAACGACGACCAGGACGGCAGCCCCGUCUGAAAAACACGGGCGCCCCCUGGUCCUGCAGUUCCCGACUCGGGGCACAGGCAACUCCCGUGCGGAUCAGUACAAAAAACAUACAUCUGAUUGUUGUACCAUCCUCACCACGUUGUGUGUGUGUAUGUGUGUGUUUUUGUCCAUGAAACUGACAACACCACAAGCAAAAUUGUUAAGAUCCGCCCGUUUCUGUAACCAAUACGCCACCGACUCCACAGUAUCCGGAUCCCCCAGGAGUUGCCUGUGCCCCGAACCUGACAUGGAUGAUGUGAUCAACUCGAGGAGUGCAGUUUUCACCCCACACAGAAAUGCCGCGCGUGCAUUCUCUCCCCUCGCUGCUCCCCUAUAGCCAAUUCUACAGUGUUCCGUGGAGUUUUACUGCUUAGCUCUUGUAACUGUUGCGUAAUCGUCGAGAGGUCCUGCUUAUACAUGUAUACGUGCAAAAUGCUUGUGAGUUUGCCACACACAAGCCACAUCUAAUUGUUGCAUCUCAAUUCACCCACAGAAAACUGCACUCCUCGAGUCUACUACAGAUAUCUCUACAUUACUCACCCGACUGACAUUGUACAAUACUUAAGUAACCGUUGUUGGAAUCCUUUCCGUGCCCAGUUUGCUCAGAUUUUUGGGGGUGCAUAUCCGCCGGAUAUUCCAGAAUUUUCCACAGUAGUUCCUCCUGGCAACUGGCGAAAACACCCGGAGAGGAAAAAAAAAAGUCUCUACUUCCAACUAGUUUGUUGAAAUUCUUGUUGUUGGUGCUUGUGCUUUGAGCAGCUAUUGUAAGAAUGAGGAAGAAAAUGACUUCUCAGACACAGAAAGAAAUGCCAUACUGCCCAUGUUCUGGGCCCUUUUGCCAUGCCCUGCCAUUCAAGUCCAAUCCGAGUAGCACAGACAAAACAAAAUCUGCAGACGACAGUACAUCAAAACAGUACAGCGAAGCCUUUCAUUCCAAUCAAAUUGAAUCUUUUUGGAACUACGAAGGAUAGGAUUGUAGAUUUUGUAUUAAUGUAAAUUGAUUUUGUACAAAAAUUUAAAAAAAAACGGGAUAUGACCCCCUACCUCCGGCAGGCCAAACGUCAGGAGAUUGCAGCAAAUCCUUAUUUUGUCUGUGGAAUUUCAGUAAUGUUGCGAUUGUGUAAAUAUUAGGCUAAAUAUCUUGGUAGCAAUCUUGCAAUGAUGCUAACUUGCACUUUUCUCGUUUUGUGUUGGUGCCUCAAUGAAAUUGAGGCGGCCUCGUUAUCUAUGUUGAUGUCCUGUCUCAUUUUUUUUGCUCCCUCAAUGAGAUUGAGGCUAAAUUUAAUUCUGAAUAAUUUAAUUAAGGAUUUAUAUACUGCUUGCUGCUUGGAACAAGCAGGACUUUGUUGAGGAAGAGUUUGUAUUUUUUGUUAACAGCUUCAGAAGCGUACAAGAAAGGUCUCGGUUGAGACGGAGCUUAGACAAUGUUAUGUUGAGGUGAAAUCCAGGGAGUGAGAGAUAGAGGAUAAAAGCGGGUGAAAAACAUCAGUUUCCAACUGAAGAUAUAAAAUGCACAGUUUAAUAUCACAAGUGAUGAAUAUUUGUGAGUCUCAGAAAAAGAAAAAAAAAAACUCCACGGAGCCGGCAACAGAGAAAAUCCCGGCUCUGACGGCGAACCUUUCCCCAGACUGACAAAUACGACUGACGAAUUCUCUGCCAACCACGACUAAUUGUUGGGAGAUAAAUUGUUAGAGAAGAAUUACUAUCUAACUACUACGGAGCCACGCUGUGGUGGUGGUGCAGUACGUUUUAUUGUGGAGAUGUUGUGUCGUCGAAUCUCAUUCCAGCUAAUCAAAGUGGUUGUGCUCAAACACAUCAUGUUGUGGAAAAAAAGUGUCCAAAUAACAAUCUGGGUGUGGAGUUUUCUUGCUUGUCUACGAGAGACAAGGUUUGCCAAGACAUGGCCUUUUCUUGGAAUACAUUUUUAAUGUGAAUAGCAGAAAUUCAAUGUCAUUGCAAUAAUGGCCUAUUUUUCAUGCCAUGUGUUGACAAAUAUUGCUAAAACAUCCGAAUGAAUGUCGAAAUUGCGUAGGUAGUAGACACAAUAUUGCAAUCUUCCAUCAAAUUAUUUUUGAAUACUUGAAAAUAAUUGGGAUCAGACGUUGCAAUGAAUGAUUUCAGUGACAAUACCCACGAGAACGAAGCUCUCACACGUAGCUCUACUGCAAUUAUAACAACGGAGUCUCUCUCUACACAUUCAAACCCACAAUCAAGCUCUACCUUCCAUAUAUAUGGUAACUACACACACUUUAACACCCAUCAGUCUCAAACAACUCUUAUACACAGUCACACACACCAGAAUACACACCUACAUACGUACGUACCGUAGUCGUUUGCUCGUAACAUUAACUCAUUUCAUGCCCACACACAGCCGUAGUGUAGCAGUGUACCGUUGGUGUUUUCCAGCUCUUUACCGGAAUUGUGAAUUAUGUGGUGGUCCCUCUACCAACAGUGUGUAAACAUGUUUCUCCAGCCGUACACAAAUAAAAGGUGUUCUAAUGCUUUGAA